GAUGUUGGCGCUUAUUUGCUUGAGCCCCUGUGUUCUUGCUUGGGUCGUUUUUCUUCUGAAUUUUGGGCAUCAUUAUUUGCUUUUCUUGCUUUGCCGGAAAAUCUUAUUUGCCUUAUGAAUUCUAUCUUCCUUUUCGCAGUAAUCUCGCGCACAAAAAUGUGGCUCCUUGCUGAUUUGAAGCAGCUAUUCUCACUCGCUGAAAAGUAUGGUUGCUCUGAGUGGAUCCUGUUUGAUGCGUCCAUUAGUAAGGUGAUCGAUCAUCUGGAGUUCUUCAAUUUCUGCACAGGCGGACAAUGUACUCAAAGAGAACUCCCUUCGCAGGCUAUUUUGAUUUCU